AUGAUUCACAUGUUGCCAUCACACAGAAAUUUGAACGACGUACAAACUCAUGAAAUCGAUUUGGCGGAGGAUGCUGGAUUAUUUUCUAAAGGAACUUUUGAUUUUAUGAGUCUUCAAGCUGGUGGCCGAGCAAAUUUGGGCUAUACUAAGUUAAAUCAUAAGAACUACCUUCGAACCAAAAGGCAAAAAGCUAUGGGACAAGGAGAAGCAGAUUCUAAGAUGAUAAUAGAUUAUGAGAUUUUUGGAGAUGUGCUUUCAUUUGAUAGUACGUACCAGACAAAUAAAGAGCAUAGACCUUUGGAUAGUUUCGUUGGAUUUAAUAACCAUAGAAAAAUGAUUAUUUUUGGAGGUGCACUAAUGUAUGAUGAGAUUUCAGAAUCUUUUCAGUGGUUGUUCGAAACAUUUCUUAGAGCAAUGUCUGGAAAAACACCAAAAACUCUUUUUACAGAUCAACAUGCUGCUAUGAGUAAGGCCAUCUCAUUCGCCAUUCCUGUAGUUCAUCAUAGGUUGUGUGUUUGGCACAUGGAACAAAAUGCUGCAAAACACCUCAAUCAAGUUUAG